AUUUUCAGAUAUUUCCUUCAAGAAAUUCAGCUAGGUGAAACCUUGAUAGCUCGUGGUGAUUUCGAAAGCGGUGUCGAGCAUUUAGCUAAUGCAAUCGUGGUGUGUGGUCAGCCCGCUCGAUUACUACAAGUGCUUCAAUCCUCUCUACCGGCUCAAGUGUUUGCUAUGUUAAUUAUCAAAAUGCAAGAAUUCGGUAAUAGGCCUGCAGAAUCCAGCGAAGGAUUGGUUGCUGGAACUCGCUCUAGCCAAAAUGAGAGCUCUUCAAAUAUUUUAGAAACUUCCGGAUCUGCAACCGUUGAUGACUUAGAAUAAUACUUACAAAUGAACAAAGGAGCCUAAUAUA